GCUGAGACUGAGAUUAAGGGAACUGCUUUCUGCGAGCAGAGCCGCUAUUUUACAGCGCAUGCCCGUCACUUGACUUCUGAUUGGAUCGCAGUCACAUGUCUUCUCAACAGAAUUUCAUUGGAGAAGGUGUAACGGUCGCUCCUAUAAUGCGACGCCGUCUCCAUGGUAUUCCAAUAUGGCUGCCCACGGACGGCACCCCAUUUUGUCCUCUAUGCCCCUGCAGGUCCUGUUUUAUUUGAACAGUUGGUAUUUUGCUGCCUUUUUUAUUGCUGAAAUUCUGAUGUUUGUCUAUAAAGGAAUCUUGCUGCCAUACCCACAGGCUAAUCUUAUACUGGAUAUUGUUCUGUUGCUUCUCUAUGUCGGUCUGGAAACCCUGCGAUUAUUUUAUGGCUGGAAAGGAAACCUGUGUGAGCGCUCUCUGAUGCUCAUUGUUAGUGUCGGUAUCUUGGUGCCCUGCACGGUACUAAGCGUCUACUAUCUGCUCCUGCAGACGUUUAUACUUCGCCUUGAAUUUAUCCUCAAUGUUAUCUUACUCUGUUUCUAUGCACUGGAGCUGGUUCUGGCCGUAAUAACCAUUGCAUCUUUUUCCAGGGUCAGUGUUUAUUAAGGAUGUUUAUGAACAGAAGGAAAUAGUUGUUGAAUUAGAAUAUCCUGUACUCACGUCUGAUCUACUCAACAUAGUAACGCAUCUGCACCACUUGCUGCAUUUCUCAUCCUCUUUUAACAGCAACUGAGAUCAAUAUCACACAUAUUUAAUCUUUUUUAUUAUUGCACCUCCGUGACUGUUUUGUAUUUGAUUGGAGUUUUUGAUUGUAUUUUGAUAGUACCAUAUAUGUUUUUCAAUAAAUUUUAAAUAUUUUUUAUCAAAA